AUGGGCCCCCCUCAGUUCCUCCUCGACCAUCUCCCGGCCCCAGACGCACCCCUCGCCCGCCCCCAUGUCACCGUCACUUGGGCCCAGUCGCUAGACAGCAAGAUCGCAGGUCCAGGCGGCCAGCGCGUCCUGCUCAGUGGUCCAGAGAGCAUGCUCAUGACCCACUGGCUCAGAGCGAUGCAUGACUCUAUACUGAUCGGCGUGCAGACUCUCAUCCUCGACAAUCCUCGUCUGCAAACAAACCUCUUGCCGCCAUCUCAUGCUUCCCCGCCGCCCCAGCCCCUCAUCCUUGACCCUUCUCUACGGUUCCCACUCGAUUCGCGUAUACUCCACGAAUGGAACUCCAAGCCGGCUCUCCGAGGACGGAUUCUGAAGCAACCGUGGAUUCUGUGUGGAGAUAAUGCUGCUCGGGAUAAGAUAGAGAUGGUCGAGAAUGCAGGGGCAAAAGUCGUCACCGUCAGCCUUGACUCCAGAGGUCACAUUCCCCCAGGUUCAUUACCCGGCAUUCUCACCCAACUAGGCCUAAAAAGUGUCAUGAUCGAAGGCGGUUCGCGCGUCCUGUCCACCUUUCUUCACUCUCCCAGACGCGAAGACGGCUCGAAACUAGUCGAUAGUGUGGUUGUCACGGUCGCACCAAUGUUCAUAGGGCAAGGUAUAGGGGGGGAGGACAAGGGUCUUCCAGCUCUUCAAACCAUACACACGGAAACCAUGGGAAAGGAUGCUGUCAUGAUUUGUACUGUCGACACAAGCGCGCCAACAUCUUGA